GCCCAAUCCGGAAAUGGGACGAGGUAGAACGUGUGGGUAGCGAAGGAUCAAGAAAGUUCAAGAAGGUCUUCGCGGUUUUUACAAGUUUUACAGGACUUUUUACGCCACAGAGAGAUCCGAACGCAGUUUAGGAUGUUACUGAGAUGAUACCGUGAGAUUCUGGAGGUUAAAACCCAACUAACAACGCUGAUUUCACCGCGUUUUGAGAGACAUUUCGGCCGCGAAGACAUGAAGUUUUCUACCCGCCAACUUUGCACGUUCCGACUAAACCGUGUCCUGCAGUUUCUAGUUCUCAUAUUUGUGUGCUGGACGUACCAGGAUAUAACAGUAGAAGCAACAACAUGUGACUGUGGAGUGGACUGUGUCUCCAACUGUACUGCUGGCCAGUACUGGGACAAUGGGUCAUGUACAGACUGUCACGCAGGACACUAUUGCCCAGGAGGCAGUGCGGGAAUGGUGGCGUGUCCGGGGGGAACGUUUAGAUCAACAACAGGAGCUGAAGAGGAGGCUGACUGUCAGGACUGUUCAGCAGGAGAGUACAGUACAGGGGGUGCGGAGUCCUGCGACCCCUGUCCCGGCGGUUUCGCAUGCCCGCUCGCCGGGACAGACUCCCCCGUAGCCUGCGGGGCAGGACAGUACGCCAACAACGGGAGCACCGAGUGCCAGCCCUGCCCCAAGGGAUACAGGUGUCCAGUCGGAGAGGUGUCCGAGCCAAUAGAGUGUCAGGACGGAUACUACACUGCUGCCACUGGUCAGACCAGCUGCACGGAGUGUGAGGGAGGACGCAGCUGUGCCAACAAGGACGACUCUGUGCCAUGUGCCGCGGGCACCUACAGCGCCCAGGGGGAGGCCACGUGUACAGCCUGUCUCGCUGGGUCCUACAGUGGUGCCCAGGCCUCCAGCUGUACCCAGUGUGACGAGGGCCACUCCUGCUCCGACCCCGCCCAGGCGCCCCAGCCCUGCCCCGGGGGCUACGUGUCAGCCCUGGGACAGGGGAACUGUACAAGAUGUGCCAAUGAUGAGGUUCCAGCCAGCCCCACCCCCAACUCGUGCCAACCCUGCCCCGCGGGUCAAGCCUGCUCCGACCCUGCACUGGACCCCGUGGCGUGUGCCGCGGGCGAGUACUCCCUCCAGGGCGAUGCCAUGUGUACGAGGUGUCCCGCCGGCUCGGAGUGUCCGUCCACAACCACUUUCAACGCCUGCACUGGAGGCACGUACUCGGGAGAGGGCCAGACGUCGUGUUCGCAGUGCCCCGCUGGUUCCUCCUGUACUGACUCGGCUGCCACCCCGUGUGGUGCAGGCUUCUACAGCGCUGCAGGAGACGUGACCUGUACACAGUGUCCGGCAGGUUCGUGCUGCCCGUCGGGGGCCGCCGCACACACCCCGUGCGACGCAGGGUUCUACACGGACAGUCCCGGCGCCGACUGCCCCUGUAUGGAGUGUCCCGCUGGCAGCAGGUGCAGCUCAACCGACGCCACGCCGUGCACAACGGGAUCGUACGCGCCAGCGGGGUCAGCCGUCUGCUACCCCUGUCCUGCUGGUUCCUACUGUCCGUCCACCUCAGCCUUACCGGUUGCCUGUCCGCCGGGCACCUACACCACCCAGGAUAACCAGACCAGCUGCACCACCUGCCCGGCUGGCAGCAAGUGUCCGUCCACCAGCCAGCUGCAUCAGGCUUGCAUAGCAGGUCAGUACAGCGAGGCAGGUUCGACCGUGUGUCACGACUGUCCCCCCGGUUACGCCUGCCCCGACACGGACGAUACCAGCACGAUCACACAAUGUACUCCAGGGACGUACGCUGACGGUACUGACACGGAGUGUUACACCUGCCCUGCUGGCGUUUUCUGUCCCAGUACAACGGAAGCAACCCAGAUCACCUGUGCACCCGGUUCCUACUCCACCGGUAAUGCUACCGCCUGCACCCCCUGCGAGGCCGGUAAGAUGUGCCCGCGAGCGGACGGACUGGACAUACGGGACUGUGUGGCCGGAGAGUUCAGUCUCAGUCAGGCCACGGCCUGCACAGCAUGCCCAGCAGGUUUUGCGUGUCCCAGCACAGACUCUGAUGUCCAGGUGCGCUGCGAUGCGGGGACGUACUCACUCGGGAGACAGACCUCCUGUACAGAGUGCCCGGCUGGGUUUGCCUGUCCGUACACUGACCGUUCGACCCAGACGCCCUGUGCUCAGGGUUACUACAGCACAGGAAACCAGUCCUACUGCUUCCCGUGUCCGGCUGGCUUCGCUUGUCCGAACACAGACAGUGACAACAUGGAUGAGUGCACACCCGGCACGUUCUCCUACGGGGCCCAGCGGGAGUGUACCGGCUGCACCGCGGGGUCAUUCUGCCCCAGCACCACCCAGGGGGAGCGACGGUGUGCCCUGGGGUUCUACUCCGCUGCCAACGCCUUCAACUGCACACCCUGCGAGCCGGGCUACGAGUGCUCCGAUCCCACAGCCCCGGCGCUGUGUCCUGCGGGUAAAUACUCGCCUGGGGGAGAGAUCCGGUGUUACCCCUGCCGACCCGGCUACAUCUGCGAGGAGGGCUCGAGUUCCGCCACCCCAGCUGAGGGGGUGUGCGAACACGGCGGCUGGUGCAAUGGUGUGAUCUUCACGCCGUGUCCUGCGGGAACAUACAACCCGAACAACGGGUCCCGCACGCAGCGCGAAGCCUGUCAAACGUGUCCUGCAGGAUUCUUCUGUCCGGGCACUGGAAACUUUGAGUAUGAAAACAACAAAUGCCCGGCCGGACACUACUGCCCAGCUGGCACGCCCUCAGGCACCCAGUUCCCCUGCCCAGAGGGUUACUACAACACUGAGCUCAACGCCACGCGAUUGGCCGACUGCGUGUUGUGCCCCUCGGGGAACUACUGCCCGGAAGGGUCCGACAUCGACGGCAUCGAAUGUCCCGCCGGGUUCUACUGCACCGCGGGUCAGGGGUCACCGUUCGUCAACGCCUGUCCCCUCGGCACCUGGAGUGACCAGGUCGGACUUAACGCAUCCUAUCAGUGUAACGCCUGUUCGGCCGGGUACUACUGCCCAUUUGGAACAGAGCUGGAACCACGCGUGUCGGAGUUACCGUGUCCCCCCGGCACAUACAACCCAGACGAGAACGCGGGGCACAUACUGAACUGUCGACAGUGUGACGCGGGGAGGGCAUGUCCGGUGGCCAACCUUACCAGCGCCUCUCAGCCCUGCAUGCAAGGAUACUACUGUCCGAAUGGCACUGUCACCCCGGACCAGUACCUGUGUCCGCCCGGUACUUACACCAACGACACUGACCUGACCGCGCCCGAGGAGUGCGAUCUCUGCCCAGAAGGUUUCUACUGCAGCUGGGGUACCGGCCUCACCACCAACGGCCCCAAACCCUGCCACACCGGCCACUACUGCCCCCUGGGCACCCCCACCCCCGACCGCUACCCCUGCCCCCCGGGGACAUUCUCACCAAACAACAACAACGACAACGCAGGGAACUGCACUGCCUGUACACCAGGGUACUACUGUCUGGGUGGAGAGGCGACAGAGACGGCGCUGUGUCCGCCUGGGUACUACUGUCCGGAGGGCACGCAGGUCGCAGAGCAGUUCGGCUGCCCCAACGGCACGUACAACCCCGACUACGGCAUCUGGGCAGAGGACCAGUGUCUCAACUGUACUCAGGGGAACUUCUGUGAGUACGGUGUCGUGGCCCCAGAGCCCUGCCCGGAGAAAACCUACAUGCCGUAUGGAAACAACACCGGUACAGGGAUGGUUGAGGGUGACCCGGCCACGCGUAAGUCCAGCUGCCUGACCUGCCUAGAGGGGUACUACUGCGAGGUGGGAACGAUCACUCCUGCCGAGUGUGGGGCGGGCAAGUACUCCAAACCUGGGCAGAGCGUGUGUAAGGACUGUGAAGCUGGAUACUACUGUGAUGAAGCCAACACCACGCAGACGGCCAUGCUGAACGAUAAAAAGUGCCCGCCAGGACAGUUCUGUAACGGCUCGUUGUCCGACCUCAGCGAAGCCACCGACUGCACCAGGGGUUACUACUGCCCUGAAGCGACUCCGUUUGAGGUGCCAUGUCCCGUCGGUACGUUCAACCCCAACGACGGGGAGGGGUACGUGACGGCCUGUCAGAACUGCACGGCUGGCUACUACUGUCUGGAAGGGUCGUACCAAGUGUCAGGGCAGUGUGAGGGGGGUUACUACUGCCCCACAGCUUUUCCCAACCCGUACGGAUCCAUCCCAGCAACCAUCGGCUCCUAUGGAGAGAAGCAGGUUCCGUGUCCUCCUGGCACCUACGUGACGACCCCGGCCAGCGAGACUGUGGAUGACUGUCUGCCCUGCCCCGAGGCGCACUACUGCCCCCUGGGGACCAAGAACCCCAACGUGUGCGACCGCGGGUACUACUGCCCCGCCAACAUCUCCGCACCCAUCCCCUGCCCCGUGGGGAGAUACGGAAACACCACAGGUUUGGUACAGCUAGAAGACUGCCCCCUUUGUGACAAGGGGAAGUACUGCGACGCCCCAGGCCUGCUGAGCCCCAGGGCGCCCUGCGACCCGGGAUACGUGUGCUACAGCGGAGCAAACACCUCCAGUCCGACGGACGGGGAGACCGGCGAGGUGUGCCCCGCAGGGGGCUACUGUCCACUCGGUUCGUUCGAGAGCCUGCCCUGUCCCCCGGGCACCUACAGCAACGCCUCAGGCGCUGUGGACGAUAAUGACUGCAGCCGCUGCGACCCAGGCUACUACUGCUCCAACGCCCGCGGCCCGGAGCCCACGGGAUGCUGUGACGCGGGCUGCUAUUGUACCGGAGCUGCUAAUGUGUCCUGCCAAUAUAUAACUCAACCUGGAUUCUACACGCCGCAGUGUUCCUCCCAGCAGCGGCUGUGCAAGCUUGGGACGUACCAACCGUACGAGCGGAGCGGGGGGUGUAUAGAGUGCGAAGCCGGGUUCUACUGUCCAGAGAAGGGCAUGACCAACAGAACAGCCUGCCCAUCAGGGUACUUUUGUACCAACGGCAGUUAUGUACCGGAGCCCUGUCCGAAGGGUACCUACACCAACCAGACCCACAACACGGAGCCCGACGACUGCCUGGACUGCCCCCCGGGGUACUACUGCGCCGAGGCCCAUCUCUCCGCCCCCUCGGGACAGUGCAACCCCGGACACAUCUGCUUCAAGAACGCACUCUGGCAGGAUCCGGUGUACAACAACGACACGUCUGGAGGGCGGGAGGUGGUCCUGUGGGGUGACCUGUGUGCCGCGGGCCACUACUGUCCCCAGGGCGCCACCUUCAUGCACCCGUGUCCCAUCGGCACGUACACGGGCAACCUGGGGUCCCAGAGCGAGGACGACUGUAUCCUGUGUGACGCUGGGAAGUACUGUAACGCUACUGGGGCCACUCAACCUGCAGGGGACUGCUUCGAAGGUUACUACUGCACAGGUAACUCGACAACCCCGACACCUUACGGAAACGACACCACCGUAGGCGACAUCUGUCCCCGGCACCACUACUGCGAGGCGGGCUCCCCAGAGCCAAGACUCUGCGCGGCGGGAAUGUACGCCAACCAUACGGGCAUGAGCGCCUGUCUGCUGUGCCCGCCGGGGCUGUGGUGCGUGCCAGGCCAGGACCCCGUGUACUGUCCACAAGUGUGCGCGGCGGGACUCUACGCCAACCACACGGGCAUGAGCACGUGUCUGCUGUGCCCGCCGGGGCUGUGGUGCGUGCCAGGCCAGGACCCCGUGUACUGUCCACAAGGUAGCUACUGUGUCGGCAGCACAGACUCCGUGAAAGAGCAGACCCCGGAGCAGUGUCCGGCUGGAACGUAUGGCGCGGAGGAGGGACUGACGGCGCUGGCCGGCUGCACCUCGUGUCCGCCUGGAUACUGCUGCAUCGAGCCUGGGCUCACCAUGCCAAUCAACAAGACGAAGGCAGGUUACUACAGCACAGGCGGCGCCUCCAACUGCGGCCCGUUUGUGACAGAGACGGACUCCACCGACACCCGCGAGGUCUGUCCUGCUGGCUACUUCUGUCCUGAGGGCAGCGGGGACCCUUCACCCUGUCCUCCUGGCACUUACAGCACGGCGAACCAGCUUCCAUCAGAGGACGACUGUACGCGCUGCCUGGCGGGGUAUUUCUGCCCGGAGUAUCACAUGACAGACAGACCUGACGACACUGUCCCCGGCGACACCUACAAGUGUGCCGCGGGCUACUACUGUGGGCGCGGGUCCAACUCCUCGCAGCCACUCAACGAAACCUUCGGAGACAUCUGUCCUACUGGCCACUUCUGUCCGCUGGGGUCAUCUGCAGCCCAGCCGUGUGAAGCGGGAACGUUUGCUAACGAGACGGGACAGGCCUCCUGCGAGACGUGUCCGGAGGGGUUCUACUGCGAGAGUGCCACCUCCAUACCUGGCUCCUGUCCUGCUGGCUACUACUGCCCGGCCGGCACUGACAGCCAGAUUAAGAACCCGUGUCCCGAGGGCAAGUACAACAACCUGACGGAGAGAACCGCCCCCUCUGCCUGCCUCUCCUGCCCUCCGGGCUCCUACUGCCAGACGACCGGCCUGUCCUGGCCCACAGGAGAGUGCGAUCCCGGCUGGUUCUGUACGAGCGGAGCCAAGUCGGCCCAGCCGGCCAUGGUCGCGGAGGGCGGGCGCUGCUCCACCGGCGAGUUCUGUCCCCGCGGCAGCUCAGAAGCGACCCCUUGCACCCCUGGCAUGUACUGCGACAACUAUGGUCUGGAGGAACCAGCUGGGAAUUGUAGUGCAGGGUACUACUGUCUGCUGGGGGCCAGUACUGACAAGCCUAACGAUGGCACCACAGGUGAUGAGUGCCCGAUGGGCCACUACUGCCCGGAGGGGAGCAGCAACGGAACCUCCUGUCCCCCUGGUACCUUCUCAAACAUCACGGGUAACAGGGAGGUAGGAGACUGCUACGACUGUACCAUGGGGAGUUACUGCGAAGGGUUCGGGAACUCUGAGCCGAGCGGGCUGUGUGAUACCGGAUACUACUGUCCGGGCGGACAAAACACAUCCACACCGCUGGAGUACCAGUGUCCACAGGGGUACUACUGUCCAGGCAGACAGAACACCUCCACACCCCUGGAGUACCAGUGUCCACAGGGCCACUACUGUGAGCUGGGCAGUACGGAGCCGGUCCGCUGCAAGUCCGGUUCCUACCAGGACCAGAUGGGGCAGCCGGACUGUAAGGAGUGCCCGGCGGGGUACUACUGUGAUAACACCAUGGACCCCGUCGUGCUGUAUAACAACACCCUCUGUCUGGAAGGUUACUUCUGCCCUCCCGGCACAAAGUACGCGCAGGAACACCCCUGCCCCCGGGGGAGUUUCAGUAACACCUCAGGGCUGAGCUCGGAGGCUGACUGCAUCCCCUGCCCGGGAGGGUACUACUGUGAUGAGCUGGCACAGACCACUUACACCAAGCUGUGUGCUGCAGGGUACUACUGUCAACGCGGCGCGAUCGAGUCCACCCCUAACCAGACGGAGGACGCGAACUCCUGCCCGGCCGGGUUCUAUUGUCCAGAGGGCACGGCCGAACCGCGGAAGUGCGACCGCGGAACGUUCUCCGACAAUCCUAACCUCGUCAGCGCCGACCAGUGUCUCAACUGCACUGAAGGGAUGUACUGUGGAGAGUACAACAUGACGGCUCCCAGUGGGGAGUGCUGGGCGGGGUUCUACUGUCCCGAGGGCUCCCCAGACCCAGACUGGAUCCCCUGUCCCCAGGGGCGCUUCUGUCCCAACGGCACGCACACACCUGAACUAUGCCCAAGGGGUACAUUUUCCAACGAGACGCACCUGAAGUCCGCCGGGGAGUGUUACCUGUGCCCCCCGGGCCAGUACUGCGAAACGGACGGUCUUACUGAGCCAACAGGAGAUUGUGGAGAAGGCUACUACUGUCCGGAGGGAACUGUACACCGCGAGCCUAACGACACGUACUGUCCCAUCGGCCACUACUGCCCGGGCGGCGCGUCUCUGCCUCUACCAUGCAGGAACAACAGCCAUGUGAACCACACCCAUGCGGUGAUGUGCUACAACUGCGAGGCCGGGUUCUUCUGCGAGGCGCAGGGUGUGCAGAUGAUCUGUCCCGCAGGCUACUACUGUCCGGAGGGCACGGGCUCCGACCUGCGCGCCUGCCCGCGGGGCACGUACAGCGAUCAGCAGGGUCUGUACGCCGUGGAGCAGUGCAAGCCGUGCGACGCUGGGAGGUACUGUGACGAGGAACAUCUCAGCCUGCCUGCAGGUCUGUGUGCUGCUGGUCACUACUGUGUGUACGGGGUGGACAGAGCCAAUCCUGAUGGAGACAACAUCACCUCGGCGUCCAACAGUUCCGACUGUCCGUACCACGACGGUGCCAUGACGGGUUAUGGCGGGAUCUGUCCCCAGGGACACUACUGCCCCAACGGGACUGACUACCCCAACCCCUGCGCCCCGGGCACAUACGCCCCCAGCACUGGCAUGGCAGAGUGCCUCACAUGUGAACAAGGUUACUUCUGUCCGAACGCCACCGUGGACUACGCAGACAACCCUUGCCCCUCCGGCCACUACUGCCCGGCCGGCACGCAGCAGGGGAACGACAACCCCUGCAGUCCUGGAACCUUCAACAACCAGACCGGCAGCUACGACCCGGCAGACUGCGUCUCCUGUCCAGGUGGAUCCUACUGUGAGACCAGUGGAUUAUCCAGCCCAAGUGGCCUGUGCGACCCAGGCUACUACUGCUCCGUAGCCUCCACCACAGCCACCCCCAGCGGGACGGGCGGAGACAGGUGCCAGGCCGGAUACUACUGCCCCGAGGGAGCGUCCUUCCCCAAGGCCUGCGACCCAGGCUACUUCUGCGCUGUGGACGGCCUGAACCAGACGUCUGGGGAAUGUGAUCCAGGUUUCUACUGUACGUCCACGGCCGUGAUGUCCAACCCACAAGAUGGCAACGUCACAGGUGACAUCUGCCCCCAGGGAGCGUACUGUCCGCCCGCCUCCCCCACCCCCCGGCUCUGCCCCCCUGGGUACUUCCUCAACAGCACUGGGAACGACGACCUGUCGGACUGUCAGACCUGUACGGCUGGCAUGUACUGCCAGGAGAACGGCCUGGCCGAGCCCACCGCCCCCUGCGCCCAGGGGUACUACUGCCCCGGGGGUCAGGAGGUGCCCACGCCGCAGGAGUUCAACUGUACCCUAGGCCACUACUGCCCAACUGGCAGUGUCCAGCCAACCCGCUGUCCAUCGGGACAGUACCAGGACCAGGAGGGGCAGUGGAGCUGCAAGGAGUGCCCUGCUGGGUACUACUGUGAUAACGUCAAGGAGCCGGUGGUGCUGUACAACAGCUCAGCUUGUCCUGAAGGCUACUACUGUCCCAACGGCACCCGUUUCGCAAACGAGUUCCCCUGUCCGCGGGGAACCUUCGGUAACCUGACACACCGCGAGCGAGUCGACGACUGCCAGCCCUGCAGCGGCGGCCAUUACUGCGAUACCGAGGGCCUUACCCAGCCCACUGCACCCUGCAGUCCCGGCUACUUCUGCAAGGUGGGGUCGAACUCUUCCACGCCCACGUUCGGCACUGAUGCAGACGAGUGCCCGGUGGGUCACUACUGUCCAGCGGGGACCGCGUCUCCGCUAGCGUGUCCGCCCGGUACGUAUAACCCGAACGUGACCAGAACGGACGUUACGGACUGUCUGAACUGCACGGCAGAGCGGUACUGCCCAACCUGGGGAAUGGACCAGCCAGGACCGGAGUGUGAUGCAGGUUUCUAUUGCGAGGGCGGAGCUGACGUUGCAACUUUUGCCCGCUGCACCGCGGGUCACUUCUGUCCCCAGGGCAGUUCUCACCCAACCCCGUGUGCCGCGGGCUCGUGGUCCAACACUCCGGAGCUCAGCCAUCAGGACAACUGCACACAAUGUCCAGGUGGAUUCUACUGUCCUGAGACAGGGAUGACCCAGGUGACGGAGCAGUGUUGGGGAGGGUACUACUGCCCAGGGGGGGACGUCGUCCCCAACCCCCCCGCCACCAUCUGUCACGAGGGGGUCCACUGUCCCAACGGCAGCCAGACCUACCUGUCCUGCCCCAGCGGCACCUUCGCUAACUACUCAGGAGCUGCUGACUGUGACCCUUGCCCUGCUGGGUACUACUGCCUGCCUGUGCAACCCGAGAAUGCCACCAUGGCCGCCACCCUCUGUCCACAGGGAUACUUCUGCCCCCAAGGGACAGGAUUGGACUGGCAGUCUUGCCCCUCUGGAACCUACAGCGACCAGAGAGGACUUUGGGAUACCAGCCAGUGCACGGCUUGUGAUGGAGGCACGUACUGCGACGACCUUCACCUGACAAGACCUGCUGGGAACUGCUCAGCUGGUUACUACUGCAGGUCAGGAGUGAACCGUCCGGACCCCAGCACCCCGAACACCUGCAGCCAGGUGUGGAACUCCACCAACAACUCCACAGGCUGCCUGUGUCCGGACCAGACCUACCACACAGGAGACGGAGGUCAGUGCCCGCUGGGUCACUACUGUCCGGAGGGCACGGCCGCCCCCCUCCCGUGCCAGGCCGGCACCUACAGCAGUGUGCUGGGGCUGGAGGAGUGCUCAGUGUGUCCUGAGGGGUUCUACUGUCUGGAGAACAGCACUCACUUCCUGGGCACACCAUGUCCUACUGGUUACUACUGCCCGAACGGCACAACGGAGCCCUACGAGUUCCCCUGCCCGCCUGGUACCUACAACCCCAGCAACUACAGCAGCUCCAACUCCUCCUGUCUGGCCUGCUCUGCUGGGAUGUAUUGCGAUGUGGAGGGGAUGGAAGCACCUCGUGGGAACUGUAGCAACGGGUACUACUGUGCAGGGAGGAGUCACACCCCCACCCCCCACCCCACUUCAGCUAUAGGAGGAAGGUGUAGGGAGGGGUACUACUGUCCCGCAGGUACUGACCAUGAGCUGGAGUGUCCAGGCGGUCAGUUCUGUGACGUGGCGGGACUGUCGGAGCCCACGGGACCGUGUGCGGCCGGGUUCUACUGCCAGCUGAAGUCCACCACAGCCACGCCCCUGGACGGGACCAUGGGAGACGAGUGUCCAGCAGGUUACUACUGUGAGGAGGGCUCGACCUACCCGACCUCCUGCUCCCCCGGCACCUACAGCCCGAGCAAGAGGAACACCAACGUUACCGACUGUCGGCCCUGCAGCUUCGGGGAGUACUGUGGAGAUUACAACAUGACAACCACAUCAGGAAACUGCAGCGCCGGGUUCUACUGCCCGCGAGGGGAGGACAUUCCCAACAGGCUGCAAUGCCCUGUGGGAUACUUCUGCCCCGAGGGUGCCCAUCAGCCAAUCAUCUGCCCCAGCGGAUGGUAUCAGGACCAGCUCGGCCAAUCACAGUGCACCAUCUGCCCCAGCGGAUACUUCUGUGACAACAGCUAUGGUGUUGUUGUGGUGAAUGAGACUGUAGAGUGUCCCGCCGGGUACUUCUGUCCGCCCGGCACGCAGCGGUACAACCAGUGGCCGUGUCCGCGGGGGACGUACGGGAACUCCACCGGAUUCAACUCAUCCGCAGACUGUAGCCCAUGCACAGGUGGUUUCUACUGCGGCGAUGUCGGCCUGACCUCCCCGUCCGGCCCCUGUGCCGCCGGCUACUUCUGCAAACAGUACGCGGAAACUCGCACUCCCAACCAGACAACCGACGCGAACAUCUGCCCACAGGGUUCGUACUGCGAGGAGGGCACCGCUGAGCCGGUGGACUGUCCCGCCGGCACGUUCGGUGGUACAGAGGGUUUGAUGAACGUGACCUCCUGCACUGCCUGCCUAGCUGGGUCCUACUGUGAGACUCCUGGUCUUACUGGGGUGGAAGGCCCCUGCAGUGCCGGGUACUACUGUGAGGAGGGAGCGUCCACCCGGACUGACAUCAUCUGCCCUGCAGGUCACUACUGUCCGCAGGGGUCGGCCACGCCCACACGCUGUCCUCAGGCGACCUUUAACCCCUACACAGGUCUGAACAGCUCCUCCCAGUGCACUUCCUGUACUGAGGGGAUGUACUGUGGCAUGGAAGGCCUGACGGAGCCCACCGGCCCCUGCGAACCAGGCUACUACUGUCCCGGGGGCCAGAACAGCUCCCGGCCGGAGGAGUUCGCCUGCUGGGUGGGGCACUACUGCCCGCUGAACUCCUCCGAGCCCCUGCCCUGCGACAACGGCACUCACACGAACCACACGCAUGCCGACGAGUGCUACACGUGCCCCCAGGGGUGGUACUGCCUGAAUGGGAACAUGGUGUCCGCCUGCCCGGCAGGGUACUACUGUCCGGAGGGAACCGCCUUCGACUGGCGGCCGUGUCCGCGAGGCACGUACAGCAACGAGACCGGUCUGUCGGAGGAGCUGCAGUGCCUGGCGUGCGAGGGCGGUCACUACUGCAGCAGUCUGCACGCCACGGCAGUCACGGAUCAGUGCGACGAAGGCUACUACUGUGAGUACGGUGUGGACAGGCCCAGGCCAGACGGGGACUACAACGCCACUCUGGUCAACGGCACAUGUCAGCUGCCAGGUGGCAUGACAGGAGUGGGCGGCAUCUGUCCAGUGGGUCACUACUGUCCCCGAGGAACCACCCACCCCAAACCCUGCGGAUCCGGUUCCCAUAGCAACGCAACAGGACUGGCAACCUGCAUCGACUGCCCAGCAGGACACUACUGUCUACAGGGUUCAGACCAGUACGAAGACCAGCCCUGCCCUCCCGGCCACUACUGUCCCGAGGGGACGGCCACAGCAAACGAGAACCCGUGUCCCGCUGGCACCUACUACAACCUGACCCUGGCGCGCUCCCAGGACGACUGUCUCCCCUGCCCCGGGGGGUCCUACUGCGCCACCCCCGGGCUGGACUAUCCCACUGGCCUCUGUAGGGAGGGCUGGUACUGUUCUGGUAACUCCACGUCUGACACCCCUGCUACUAACGGAGGCCAGUGCCAGCCGGGGUACUACUGUCCUGAAGGCUCGUCUACACCACAGCUGUGCAGCCCCGGGAUGUACUGUCAGACACCAGGGCUCCCCCUGCCUACUGGGAACUGUACUGCAGGUUACUACUGCACCCUGGGAGCCCAGUUCCCCAACCCCGUGGACAACUCCACCGGCGACCUCUGCCCCCAAGGUCACUACUGCCCGACCGGCAGUGCCGCCCCCCUCCCUUGCCCCACCGGAACCUUCCUGGACUCCCUGCAGAACGAUGAGGAGACGGACUGCCUGGCCUGUCCCCUGGGGGAGCACUGCCCCGGGGUGGGGAGGCCGGAGUCCGCAGGAGCCUGCGACCCAGGCUACUACUGUCCCGGGGGGCAGAACGUCUCACAGCCGGCUGACUACGGCUGUCCUGUUGGCCACUACUGCGAGUCUGGGGCGCACACCCCCGUCCGGUGUGAGAAUGGAACGUACCAAGACGAGGAACUGCAGAGCUCCUGCAAGCCGUGCCCGUCAGGCUACUUCUGCGACAACACGGUGACCUAUGUGGUCUUGGACAAUACCACCACCAUCUGUCCCAUGGGGUACUACUGUCCCGAGGGCACCAGAUAUGCAAAUGAGUUCCCCUGUCCAAUCGGAACCUUCAACAACAGAACCGGUCUGAGACAGUCCAGCCAGUGCAGCCGGUGCCUAGGCGGUCAGUACUGCCCCAUGCCAGGACUGGUCAGCCCAUAUGACCAGUGUGACGCCGGGUACUUCUGCCAGGAGGGGGCAGAAACCUCCACACCAAACCAAGGUGCUGAUGCUGACAUCUGUCCGGAGGGGUACUUCUGCCCACUGGGAACAGCCAACCCCUCGGCCUGCCCCAAGGGAACGUACAGUAACACCACAGGGCUGCAGGAGGAAGGGGACUGUACAUUAUGCCCUGCAGGGGAGUACUGCGGAGAGGUGGCCAUGACAGACACCAGUGGGCUGUGUGAUGCUGGGUACUACUGUGAGCUGGGCUCCUCCCACGCCAGGAACGUGUCCUGCCCCUCGGGCCACUACUGUCCCCAGGGGUCGGGCAGCCCCACCCCCUGCCCCAGGGGGACCUACAGCGCCGCUGGAAACAACCAGAACGUGUCCCAGUGUGACCCGUGUGAUCCCGGGAUGUUCUGCAACCAGACUGGCCUGUCCAGCCCCUCGGGCGAAUGUGACCCUGGGUUCUACUGCCCAGGGGGAGACGACAUCCCCACCCCUGGGGACACCCCCUGCCCCAUCGGCCUGCACUGCCCCCAGGGGAGCCCGGCCCCUGUCCCAUGUGACCCGGGGACGUACACAAACCUGACCCAGGCGUGGGAGUGCCUGACAUGUCCUGCUGGGUUCUACUGUGUGCCGGAGGAGGUCAUAGAAGGCAACUCAACGUCAGGCUACAGACUGUGUCCUCGAGGGUACUACUGUCCGGAGGGAACCGGUCGGAACUGGACCGCCUGUCCACCGGGCACCUACAGCAACCAGCUGGGGCUGGCGGAGGAGGGAGAGUGCCUGGACUGUCCUGGUGGCUCCUACUGCAGUGGUUGGCACCAGACCUCCCCCACAGCCCAGUGUGCUGCCGGGUACUUCUGCACCUCCCGAGUCGACAGGCCGACCCCCAUGCCUUACACCAGCUCCAACAACAGCUCAGACAACUGUACCUUCCUGGGUGAGCACACAGGUGUGGGCGGGAUCUGCCCACCUGGCCACUACUGCCCCACAGGUACCCCCCUGCCCCUGGGGUGUGAGGCAGGGACCUACCAGGACCUGUACACGCAGGCUGACUGCAAGCCCUGUCCUGAGGGGUACUACUGCGAGGCUAACUUCACCACGUACGCAGACACGCCCUGUCCGUCAGGGCACUACUGUCCUGAGAACACCACGUACGACAGGGAGUGGCCCUGCCCCGCCGGCACCUUCAACAACCUCACAGGGAUGCCUGACGACUCUGCCUGUGUGAGCUGCACCCCAGGGUCGUACUGCCAGGGCCUGGGGAACCCCCACCCCACAGACGUGUGUCAUGAGGGGUGGUACUGCAGCGGAGGGGCCGACGAGCCUGAACCGUCCAACCCAGCUACAGGAGGGCAGUGUCAGCCUGGUGAAUACUGCCCCCUGGGGUCGAGCCUCCCCACCCCCUGUACGGCAGGAUGGUACUGUGACGUAGCAGGACUCCCCACCCCCACGGGCCUGUGCCAUGCCGGGCACUACUGCACCAACGGCUCCACCACAGCCACACCUACCGGAGUGGGAGGGGAUGAAUGCAGCCCAGGACACUACUGUGUGGAGGGCAGCAGCAGUGAACAAGCCUGUCCCCCAGGGUCCUUCCUGCCAUCCUCCGGGGCCCAGAACAGCUCCUACUGCCUGGACUGCACCGCUGGCUCCUACUGUAACUCCAGCGGACUGGCAGCCCCUACUGGGGACUGUACCCAAGGUUACUACUGCCCCGGUGGCCAGACAAUCCCCACCCCCAACAGCUUCCCCUGCCCGGUAGGGCACUACUGCGAGCAGGGGGUGGGGGCACCCGAGGCCUGCCCCCCUGGGACGUACCAGGACCUCACCAGGCAGAGCGGCUGUAGGGAGUGUCCCCCCAGCUUCUACUGCGACACCUCAGAUGGUCCUGUGGUCAACUACACUGCAUACGUCUGUCCACAAGGUUACUACUGCCCCAACGGUACAGAGAUCGCCACCGCCUACCCCUGCCCAGAGGGGACCUUCAGUAACGUCACAGGGCUGUCCGAGGAGGCCCAGUGCAGUGCCUGUCUGGGUGGGUUCUACUGCGGAGAGAGGGGCCUGACCGCGCCCACCACGCCCUGCGCACCCGGAUACUUCUGUAAGCAGGGCGCGACCGAGGCUGCCCCAGACCAGGGCGCCGACGCUAAUGUGUGUCCUGCAGGGCACUACUGUGUGGAGGAGACCACGCAGCCCACCGAGUGUCCCCGGGGAACGUUCUCUAACAAGACUGGGCUCUGGAACCACACCAGCUGCCAGCCAUGCACAGAAGGAUAUUACUGCGAAACAGAAGGUCUGACAGAGGAGAGUGGUCUGUGCCAGGAGGGGUUCUACUGUCCGACCGGCUCCAGCGUCCAAACCGAGAUCGUCUGCCCCGCGGGCAGCUACUGCCCCUCCGGCACACACCUGCCCUACCCCUGCCCGAGUGGUACAUUCUCAAACAGCACCAGGCUGGCUGCCAGGACGGACUGUACCAACUGCACAUCGGGGUGGUACUGCCAGCAGUCGGGCCUUACUGAGGAAGAGGACCUCUGUCAGGAAGGCUACUACUGUCCUGAAGGUUCGUCCGUGCCAAACCCAGAAGAGUGCCCCAUCGGUCUGCACUGCCCACAGGGCUCCCCCACCCCACAGGCCUGCUCGUCUGGGUACUUCACUAACACCACAGGCCAACAUGUGUGUCAGAUCUGCCCACCUGGGUACUACUGCCUGCCUGAGAACGUGACCUCGGGUGACCCCCAGUCGGGGUACCACGCCUGUCCGGAGGGGUACUACUGUCCGGAGGGAACCGGUCUGGACUGGAAACCCUGUCCGGCUGGGACAUUCAGCAACCAGGACAAGCUAUACAGGCUUGACCAGUGUGAGGACUGCAGCGGGGGUUACUACUGCAGCGAGCCGGCCGCUACCAACGUGACUGGACCGUGCGCAGCCGGGUACUGGUGUGCAGCUGGCGUGGACCGACCGAACCCACACACACCCGGCAAUAACGAGACUUAUAACGACACAUGUCCGCUACUGGGCGGAUUCACAGGAGUAGGAGGAGUGUGCCCGAUUGGCUACCACUGUCCGGUCGGCACCGAGCGGCCGCUGGGCUGUGAUGCCGGAACGUACCAAGACACAGCGGGGGAGAGCAGCUGCAAGAUGUGUCCCCCAGGGUACUACUGUCCUACCAACUCCUCCACAUUUAUGGGAAACCCCUGCCCCUCUGGAUACUACUGCCCGGAAGGCACCACCCGCGACGACGAGUUUGCCUGCCCCAGCGGCACGUUUAACCCCGUCACACGACAGACCAACAACACCGCCUGCCUCAGCUGCAGUCCCGGCCAGUACUGCCAGGUGGCAGGCCUGUCCAGCACCACAGGCAACUGCAGUGAGGGGUACUACUGCAGCAGAGGUUCUGCAGAGUUCAUGCCGACAGACCCCAAUGUGGGAGGAAAGUGUCAGCAAGGCUACUACUGUCCCGUGGGCUCCGAGGCGCCGACCUCGUGUGACCCUGGCUGGUACUGCUCCUCUUUAGGGAUGGCCAGUCCCACUGCUCAGUGUCAACAAGGUUACUACUGCACCCUGGGUGCCUGGGAGAGCAACCCCACAGAUAACGUAACCGGAAACAUCUGCCCCACCGGCCACUACUGUCCCACCGGCAGCUCCGCCGGUACCCCCUGUAACCAGGGUUACUACCUCAACACAACCGGGAACAGCCAGCCAACCAGCUGCAUCAGCUGCACGCCAGGCCAGUACUGCGGAGGGGAGGGCCUGCCUGAACCAUCAGGAGACUGUACCCAGGGCUACUACUGCCCCACCGGCCAGGUCACCCCCACACCUGGGAACUACACCUGUCCUCAGGGUCACUACUGUCCGCAGGGCAGCAGCACACCUCAACCCUGUCCUUCAGGUUCAUACCAGGACACAGCAGGGCAGUGGGACUGUGAGGAUUGCCCUGCAGGUCACUUCUGUAACGCCACAUUUGGUCCCGUGGUGUGGCACGGCAGCUACACCUGCCCCAUGGGGUACUACUGUCCGAAUGGGACCAGGUAUGCAGAGGAGUUCCCCUGUCCACCAGGGACAUUCAACAACCUCACAGGAAUCCAGUCGGAGGCAGACUGCACGCCAUGUGUGGGGCGUUACGCCUGCGAUGAGUACGGGCUGGCCUCCCCGCCAAGGUUCUGCGCUGCUGGGUACUUCUGCCAGGAGGGGGCCAACACAACCACUCCUACACUGGGCCCCAACGCUGACGUCUGCCCUGCUGGGUCCUACUGCCCCGAGGGUACAGACGAGCCCGUGUCCUGCCCCGAGGGCACGUUCAGCCCCACCCCGGGGCUGCAGGCCGUGGGGGAGUGCCUCAACUGUACAGCUGGCAGCUUCUGUAACCAGACAGGCCUGACUGCAGUAAGUGGGCUCUGCCUGCCCCGCUACUAUUGUGUGGAAGGGUCCACCCGCCCUGACCAGCAGAUCUGUCCGGAGGGACGCUACUGCGGGGAGGGAACCUUCGACCCUACCCCCUGCCCUAAUGGUACGUUCUCCAACUCCACUGGGCUGGAUAGCGAGUCGGACUGUACCCACUGCACACCGGGGAGGUACUGUGAGGGACUGGGACUCACCGAGCCAACUGAUCUGUGCCAAGCAGGUUACUACUGCCCGCGCGGCUCCAGCCACCCCAACCCAGUUAUCUGUCCCCCGGGGAAGCACUGUCCCGAGGGUAGCGCCGAGCCACAGGACUGUCCUGCCGGGUUCUACGUCGACACUGAGGGGGCCUCGGAGUGCACACCGUGCCCUGCAGGCUCGUACUGUGUCCCAGAGAACGUUGUAGAGGGAGAUGCAUCCACGUCGUACAGCCCCUGUCCUGAGGGGUACUUCUGUCCCAACGGAACCGGCCACGACUGGCAGCCCUGCCCUGCUGGCAGCUUCAGCAACAAUACAGGCCUGAGGGAAGCCGUAGAGUGCACACCCUGCUCACCAGGCAUGUACUGUCAGGGUACAGCCCUGACCCAGCCCACGGCGCAGUGUUGGGAACGGUACUACUGCGUGUCUGGCGCGGACAUACCCAACCCUCUAAUGCUGAACGACUCCCAGUGUCCGGCCGACACCGUCCAUCCCAUCCUGGGCCACAUCUGCCCCGCCGGUCACUACUGUCCAACUGGAACCAUCUUCCCACAAGGCUGUGAUGCUGGUACAUACAACGAUCUCACCGGCCAGUUCGAGUGCCGGCCAUGUCCAGCUGGUCACUACUGCUACGCCAACACCACAGACUUCUCACCCAACGACUGCCCAGCUGGUUACUUCUGCCCAGUGGGCACCACAGACCCGCAGGAGUUUGCCUGUCCAAAUGGCACUUUCAACAACCACACCGGCCAGGAUGACCUGCAGGACUGUGAACCCUGCAGUCCGGGGAUGUACUGUGAAGGGUCGGGAAACACCCACCCUACAGGGCUGUGUGAUGAGGGGUGGUUCUGUACAGAGGGGUCACUAGACAAACAGCCCACUGCUAACGGUGGCCAGUGCCAGCCAGGAGAGUUCUGUCCCGAAGGCUCGUCAGCCCCACAGAACUGCACUGCCGGGUUUUACUGCGACGUCCCAGGUCUGCCUGCUACAGCAGGGUCAUGCCAGGCCGGGUCGUACUGUCCCACUGGGUCGUCCUCACCCACCCAGGUUGAGUGCCCCCCAGGGUACUACUGCCCGGGGGGUAGUGGGUUCCCCCUGCCCUGUGGUAACGGCACCUACAGCCCCACCCCAGGCCUGACAGAUGAGGACCUGUGCAGCCCCUGUACCGCCGGCUGGUUCUGUAAUGGCACGGCGCUCACGGCACCUUCUGGGCAGUGUUAUCCAGGUUACUACUGCCCCGAGGGCCAGAGCGUCCCCACGGCAUACGUCUGCCCCCGCGGCCACGAGUGUGCCCUGGGGACCGGACCCGAGCCCAAGCGGUGCGACAGCGGCUACUACCAGGACCAGCUGACUCAGGCCACCUGCGAGCCCUGUCCCGCUGGUUAUUUCUGUGACAACACAGCCCAGGCAGUAACCUCUCUGUCCAACUCCUCCUGUCCCGAGGGCCACUACUGCCCCAACCGGACGGAGCGCGCCAACCAGCACCCCUGUCCCAUCGGCACCUACAGCGAUCAGAAGAACCGAGAGGGCGAGGAGAGUUGCCUGCCGUGUCCUCCGAUGUACUACUGCUCAGUACCUGGGCUAGCUACGGCUGGGGAGGGGCUGUGUUAUGCUGGGUACUACUGCAAUGGGAGCGUGAUCACCCCCACCCCCACAGAAACCAUCUGCCCCAGGGGGAACUACUGCCCCCAGGGGUCCUACCAGCCCACCCCCUGCCCCUCGGGCAGCAUCUCCACCGGGGUGGGGAACCAGAACGUGUCGGACUGUGACCCUUGUGACCCCGGACAGUACUGCACCCCGGAGUCUUCACUUACAGGCCAGAGCAGGGACUGUGACCCAGGCUAUGUCUGUGUCAUGGGUUCCUCUGUGCCCAAUCCCACGGACGGGGUCAUGGGUUACAUCUGUCCCGUGGGUCACUUCUGCCCCGCGGCGGCCGUGAUGGAACAGCCAUGCGACAAGGGCACGUACCAGCCGUACCUGGGUCGGGGGAACUGUACGGAGUGUCCCGAGGGCACCACCUGCCCGGAGAGGGGCAUGAACGACACGCUGCCCUGCCCUCCGGGGUACUACUGCCAGCCGGGGACCGGGGAUAACGGGAACCCCUGUCCCAUCGGCUACUACAGCAACUACACAGGCUUGAGCGAGGUGUCCGGCUGCCUGUUGUGUCCGCCUGGCUACUACUGUAACGAGACCGGUCAGGAGUACCCCACCGGGCACUGCAACGCCGGCUACCUCUGUCUGAACGGUUCCCGGUCAGCCACGCCUAACGACGGGGUCAACGACCCCUGUCAGAAGGGCUACUACUGUCCUAAAGGAGCGAUUGCUGCCAUCGCCUGCCCUGCUGGCACCAUGAACCCCGACACCCACGGCCAGAACGUGUCGGACUGCCGACCCUGCUCCCCCGGGUACUACUGCGGAGGGACGGGUCUGUCUGCGCCGACCGGGCCGUGCGAUGAGAACUUCUACUGCCCAGACUACGCUGAGAUCGACUCCCCGCAGCCGGCGGCCUUCGCCUGUCCCGCCGGGUACUUCUGUCCCAACACCUCCGGCUGGCCGCAGGGAUGUCCUCCUGGCACCUACCAGACUGCCACGGGCAGCAAUGACUGCGACCCGUGCCCAGCGGGGUCCUUCUGCAUCGGCAACACGACCCAGCCCGAGCCGUGCCUGCCGUACUCCUACUGCCCCGCUGGGUCGGACAACCCCACGCUGUGUCCCAACGGCACCCAAACCCUGGGUGGUGUCACAGGGCUGGAGAGGCCUGACCAGUGUCAGCAGUGCCCAACAGGUAAAUACUGCCUUGGCGGGCGUGAGGCCGGGGACUGUACUGCAGGGUACCUGUGCUACAGUGGCAGUGACACCCCCACCCCUGACGGCACGGACCCCACCAUGGGGCAGCCUUGUCCCUAUGGAUACUACUGUCUGGAAGGUGCGUUGGACGUGUCGCGCUGCCCCCCUGGCCUAGUGGUGGACAGAGAGGGUGCCGCCACGGCAACGGAAUGUUCCACUUGCCCCGCGGGUAAGAUCUGCACGGCUAACGACACGGUCCCUCAGGACUGCACCCCCGGGUACUACUGUCCCUACAACCACCCCAAAACCGCCUGCCCCAACGCCACCUACUCCGCAGAGCCCGGCGCCACCAACAUGAGCACCUGCCUGCCAUGUCCGCCUGGGUACUGGUGCAAGUACGAAGCUACCACCAACUACACGGCCUUCCCCUGCCCCAUUGGCUUCUUCUGUGUGGAAGGAACCAUUGAACCGGAGGAGUGUCCUGUGGGGACGUACAGGGAUACUGUAGGAGCGGGAGGCCUGUUCGAGUGCCACCCCUGCCCGGCCGGGUUCUACUGUCCGGACGGAGGAACCACCUUCACCGGGAUCCUGUGUGACGAAGGCACCUACUGCCCCGAGGGCUCCAUGAACCAGACACUCUGCCAGGCCGGGUUCUACUGUAACCACUCCAUCACCCAGCUGCCGUGUCCCCCCGGGUACCACUGUCCCGCCGGCUCCUCCUACCCACUGGAGUGUCCCGAGGGCCACUACUGCCCAGGGACUGAGUGCAACAACACAGAAGCUGGAACCAUCGUGCCGCUGAAGUGCCCCGUGGGUUACCACGACUGUGACUGCACGCCGCGGGACACUUUUGAGAACGUGUGUCAGAUCUGCCGAGCAGGUACCUACAACAGCGACCCAUCCCAGCCGGCCUGUACCACCUGUCGGGCGGGGGUGGUGUGUCUGGAGGGGGCCUCGUCCGACCAGCCCGCCAGCAACGACUCCGCCACGUUCGGAGUCAACUCCACCAACUCCUACCCAUGUCCACCCGGUUACUACUGCGAGUCGGGUGUGUCCCUCCCCGCCGCCUGUCCUCCCGGUUCCUACCAGCCGGUGGAGUUUGCCGAGGGGCCAGCCGACUGUCUGGAGUGUGCCGUGGACCACUUCAACCACCUGCAGGCCCAGACCGCCUGUUUCCACUGCGGCGGCGAGUCCAGCCAACCGGGAACCGGCGCAACCGGAUGUGUCUGCACGGGAUCGGGCAGGGACUUCCAGCCGAGUGACCGGACGUGCCCGUGUGCGGCCGGGUUCCGCGUCAUGACGGGCCGCGAGCAGGACUGUGUGGAGCACGUGUUUGACAUCUGCGGGGAGAACCAGCACCGCAACCAGGAGGGCAACUGUCUCACCGAGGAGCAGUGGAUCACUUACUGCAGCACUGAGGUGUGUUCCUCAGAAGCUGCGUACCUGGGGUAUGACGGAUUGCUGGGUAUCUGCCAGUGCCAGGUGGAUGACCUUGAGGAGAUCUGUGACCUUGAGUGCCGGCUGCUGCAGAAGAGCAGAAUCCAGCUAGUGUGCGACCCGCUGAGCGACGAGCCCACGCUCAAGGUCAACUACCCCAACGGCUCGGUCAAGACGGAGUACGCCUACAACGAGCUGACUAAGGUCAUCAACAGCAGGAUCGCCCUGAAGAAGGAGAACUGCAAGUACAGUGACGGGACUCCAGAGUCCGUUCAUCUGGUGCAGAUGUCGGACGUGGGUUUCCUGGGUGUGUACGACCCCAGCACCACGGAGGUCGACGGCCUCGUCACCGAGAAUGUCAAGACAUCUGCCGGAACAUCAAGAACCCUCCCGUUGUCGGGCGGGGCCAGGAGACGGCUGCUGGCGCUCUCCACCAUCAACGGAUCAUAUUACGAGGGCAUUGCCAACCCCACGGUGUGCCUGCUGUGGAACGAGCUUAUGUUCUUUGAGGUGUCCAACGACCACUACCCGGUGUACGACAGAGACAACCUGUACAACACGAACGAGCAGUUUGACUACGGCGGUUUCCGUCAGCUGGCGGAGAUGCAGAGCCAGGUGCAGACCGCCACCACGCUCUUCGCUUACCGGUUCUCCGACCCGGGAGUCUACGUCUUCUACCUCAGCACCAACAUCAACAAGAAAAUGUACGUGCGAGUGAUGGCAGAUGGCGCUCAGUGCUCGGAGGAUGGCCCGUUCUUCCCCACCACGCCGCGUGCACUGAUCCAGAGCGGCAUCGCCCUGGACGCAGACCUGCUGCUCUCGCCUGAUUGGCUGCUGAUCGGCAUCCUGUUCGGCGCCACCCUCCUUCUGAUGAUCCUGCUCGUGGUUGCCUUGCUGCUGUUCCGACGUUACGGCUGGUCAAAGACGUCCUUCAUCAACCCGUACUACCGCUUCCUGUCUCAGAAGUACAACAUGGAUGACUACUCCUCUAAGGGCUCCACCGUCCACCCCGUCAAGAAGUACCACCGUAACCUGGGUGCUAUCGAGGAAGAGGAGGAGCCUGUGGAGAGUAAGUCUCCAGGGUAUCUUUCAGCAAGAGCAAUUGAGCUGAAGAGUGAGGAAUUCUGGGACUAUGAGAAACAAGUUGACCUUGAAGCCUUCACCUCCAAAGACUUCUACAACGAGCUGGCCAAGCAGUCCCGCGGGGUGACGGCCAUCUUGGGCAGGCAGAAGGAAGAGGUGAAGUCCCUGUACCAGAAGGUCGCGGGUGAAGCGGAGUCCCUGAAGGGCCUGUGGGUGGCGAAGCUGAACCUGCGGAGCCGCAGUGCGCUGGCCACACAGGAGGACCUGGCAGACUACGAGAGGAAGAAGGAGGAGUUGGAGAUUGAGCUUGAGCGCAGGAAGGAGCUGGGAGCCAGGUUUGAGGCGGUGCUGCAGCGGCAACAGGAGCUGCUGGAGGCCGACGAGAUCGCCCGCGAGGACCAUCAGGUUGCCUACAGUGCACCCAUGAGGGAAGCCAUGAGAAGUCUGAACGACCUUGUGGAGAAGGUCACAGAGGGCAAGGUCAACCCGACCUUGGACGACAAGGAGCUGAGAAGUAUCUCCGCCCGUGUGGGAGCCCUGCUGGGCAGGAUGUCCCAUGAGAUCACCACGGAGAGCCAGCGUGUCGGUGCGUGGGGAGUGCUGGGACAGGGCACAGGGGCACAACUGGUGGAUCCUGCCACCAACCAGCCACUCGCCAGGGAGGCACUCAUCGCCCCAGACGGUGCGGUGCGUGCCAUAGACCUGAUCCACCAGGAUCCUAUCUCUGGUCUUGUCGUCCCCAACACGGACGCUCGCAUGAUGCUGCAUGAUGGGAAGGUUGUUCCAGUGGCGCCGGACAUGUUCGUCCACCCGCAAACCGGGAGGGUCCUGCCAAUCAUGGGGAACGUGGCAUACGAUCCCAUCUCGUCACGCCUUGUCUUCACCGCAGACUCUGCUACGGGUGAGGCCUCCAGAACCGAGGAGCCCCUGAUCCCGUACGUACCGUACCCGCACGACCCGGCAACCGGCGCGCCCACACGGACCAAACUCACCACCCUGCAGCGCAAGAGCGACCUCCGGCUCAACGGGCCCAUGCCUGACCCCAACAGUGGGCUGCAUGUUCCCAUCGCAGCUGUGACCAUCCACCCCCAGACUGGAGUGGUAUAUCCCCUGGCAGGCUCCCACACAGACCCAGUGACGGGCCUGCCCAUUGCGAUAGAGGUGGGGUCCGUCAUGAUCGACCCCAACUCCGACCUGCCUGUGCCAAUCCUGGGGGUGGGGCUGGAUGCUGAAACUGGUGAUGUUGUCCCCUUGGGCGGUACGACUGCUACAUUUGGCGGGCGUGGCCCUCGCUCACCCAUCAUUCCCGGAGACACCUUUGCAGAACCGCUCAGCGGAAAACCUGCACACGUACAUGGAGGUGUACUGGAUGGUUCAGAUGUCUUACCCAGUGGAGGAGGGUACCAGGCCCUGCUGGACGCCUGUGUGCUGGCUUGUGAGGCCAGAGUUCUGGCUGCACUGCAGGAGUACAAGGAUGCUGUCUCAGGCCCCGAAGCGGUGCAGGCCGGCCCGUCGCUGAACUGCCACCACGAGCAGAGCGUGCUGGAAACGGCGCUGGGAGAGCUGGUUAGGGCGCGGCAACGCUGCAAGGCCCAGCUGCUCCGCACAGGUCAUGACCUCACCAGGAGGGAGGAGAGGGCAGCCAUACUGGCAGCAACAGGAGGCUCCGCUGGCAUGAUGGAGUUUGCAGCGACAGGCCAGCUGCUGCCUAUCCUCGUUGGCACGACGAUGACCGACCCCGCGGGGUCAGGGCUGCAGGUCCCCAUCCUGGGGAUAGACAGGGACAAGAAGUCUGGGAACGUCAUGCCACUGGGAGGAACCAUGGAGGACCCUGAGGGAGAAGGCCUGGUGCCGAUCAUGAUCGGGACUCCGGCGGUCGACCUGGUGACGGGCGAGCUGAGUCCGAUCAGCGGGGUGCGCGUCAGUCCGGACACCGGGACCGUCAUACCGGUCACGCUCUCCUCAGGCGGACACAAGAAGAGAAAACCGCCUCUCGGAGCUGUUGCCAUGGUGGAGGAUGAGCUUGUUGCUAGGCGGAGCUACUGGCGUCGCCAGCGGCAACGCGAGGAGGAGGCGACCAAUCAGGAGGCUCUGCUGGUGUUCCAGCUGAUGUACGACAUGGAGAACAUCACGGCACAGAAGAUUGAGGACUCCCUGGACACCAUGGCUGAGAAUGUGCACAAACUGUCGGAUGCUGCGAAGCGGGAGGUCCAGAGGAGGACGGAUGCUGAGGAGGAGUUUACGGCGGUCCUGCCUCCGGAUGUGGUCUCCAUCCUCACUCAGGUUAACCAGGCUGAGCGAGAGCGGGAGGAUCGACACCAGGAGGCGCACCGUAAGUUCGCGGAGACGAUCCGGAAGUUCUUCCAGAAGCUGCAGAUGGAGGAGAACAAGUACAAGGACAGGAUGCAGGAGCUGGAGGGAGCCAUGAACCCUGAUGCAGAAGCCACGGUGCUGCAGCGAUACCGGCAGGCCAAGUCCCGGCUGCAGGCGGAGCUGCAGGAUCAGAUCCUGAGCCGCUCCGAGAACCUGGACGAGGAACACUCCGCUCUGGAGUAUGUCAGGGAGAAGGCAGAGCUACUGGGACUGGAAGCUAAGGGUUAUGAGGAACACUCCGCUCUGGAGUAUGUCAGGGAGAAGGCAGAGCUGCUGGGGCUGGAGGCUAAGAAUGUUCUGACAGGAGCAGUGGUCAUUGCUGGAGACUACGAUGCCACCAUCUCCGGCGUCUACGGGGACGACCUGACCUCCCCCGCCUCCAGUCGUGAGCUGAUCCCGCUCCUGAAGCAGCUCAUAGCCAUGCUGGAGGGCGGCGGACAGUUCCAACUGUCCGUGGAGGGGGCGCAGCUCUUCUCCACAGUGACGGGAGCGGCUGCCACACAGACAGCUAAAACAGUACACAGGGGACUCGCACCACUACAGUUUGCUGGCCCGUCCAUCUCCAUCGGUGAGGUGGAGACCGUGGAGGGUCUGACCUCCGCGGUGCCAAGCCAGCCGACAGCAGGGGUGGUGCAGACACAGCUGCUGGCCCACGCUGUCCCCGGGACAGCAGGAACAGCAGGCAUGGCCACCAAGGUCACACAGCAGAAACAGCAGCCGGAGCUGUCUGAGGAGGAGCUCAAGGAGAAGUCCAGAACCCUACUUGAGCGGUUCACCCGCGAGGCGGUCCAGCUUGAGGAUGAGCUGCGUGCGGAGGAGAUCGCCGCCAUCAACCAGGUGAUCCAAGACGUGGAGAGGGAGAAGGAGAAGGCCAUCCAGCAGGUACAGGCAGAGCUGAAGGAGAGGCUGCGCAGGUGUUCCACUGACGAGGAGAGGGAGAAGGCCAUGCUCGAGUCUGCACAGAAGAUCCAGAAGAUUAACGAACAGUUUGAGAGCGAGAAGCAGAAACGUCUGAAGAAGGUCCGUAAGGAGCUGCGCGAGGAGCGGGUCCGCAGGAAGAGGGCUCUGCUGCAGAGGCAGAGAGCAGAGGCUCUGGAGGCAGGUGUGGAUGUAGACGAGACAGUCCCGGCGAUCAGCCUCCCAUCCGAUGAUGAGCUGGACCAGGACCUGAUGCUGCUGGCCAAACAGCAGGAGCAGCUGAUCGCUGAGCUCAACAAGGCCUUCGCUGAGGAACUCGCAAGGGAACAGGAGGAGAUAAACAGCGGGAGGAAGGCCCAGCUGGAUGCUGAGAUGGAGGCGAGGAUCCGCGCCCUGAACAGACAGAUGGGCAGGAGUGAUGCGGAGACGGACAAGCUGCUGGAGGACAUGAAGAAGCAGUCAGACGCCCAGCGGGGCCAGAAGUCGAACAUGAAGGACCGGAUGCGCCAGAGACAGCGACAGCGACGCACACGGAGCCGGUCGGAGGGGCCGGAGAUCCCCGAGGGAGUGGAGCAGGGAUCGGAGGAGGAGAGGCUCAUCCUGGAAGCUUUCCAGGCACAACAAGAGGCAGAUGACCAGAAGGAGGAGGAGGCUCUGAUGGCGGUUAUCGAUGAGCUGGACGCUGAGGACCAGCGCAGGAAACACAUGGAGACCCUUGAUGAGUUGCUGUCCAGCCCUGAGCUAACAGAAGAAGAGAAAGCCCAGGUAGUAGCCCAGUACAUGCAGCAGGCUGGGCUGGUGGAGCGAAGGUUCCAGGAUUCGCUGGACGAGCAGAAAGACAAACUCCAGGCCAAACUGGCGGCCAGGAAACGGCACAGGGAAGAGCUGGCCAAGGAGGCAGCCGUCGCUAAUGAGCUGGACACCAUCAGCAAGGCUCAGGCGGCGCGAGGGCUGGCGGAGGCGUCCGACGCGAUUGACCAGAUCAAGGAGAAGACGGGAGCAGAUGCUGCAGCAGGCCAGGCAGUGGAGGCACUGCACCAACAGCAGGUGGCUGAGCAGGCGGCGCUGGAGACCAGGCAGCGCCAGGAGGACCGGGAGGCGGGGCGGCAGCUGGACCAGGAGCUGGAGAACAGCAGUGUUGCCGUGGAGACACAGAUGGAGGAGCAGAAGAGACUGCUGCUGGACCAGCAGAAGGCCCAGUUUGAGCGGGACCUGGUCCUGAAGAAGAAGGAACAGAACCUGACGGAGGACCAGGUGAAACAGAUGCUGGUGCCUUUUGUUUACCUGUUUGUUUGUUUGUUUAUAUUUACAGCUGCUGGACCAGCAGAAGGCCCACUGCUGGACCAGCAGAAGGCCCAGUUUGAGCGGGACCUGGUGCUGAAGAGGAAGGAACAGAACCUGACGGAGGACCAGCUGCUGGACCAACAGAAGGCCCAGUUUGAGCGGGACCUGGUGCUGGUGCUGUUUGUUUACCUGUUUGUUUGUUUGUUUGUUUGUUUAUGUUUACAGCUGCUGGACCAGCAGAAGGCCCAGUUUGAGCGAGACCUGGUCCUGAAGAGGAAAGAACAGAACCUAACAGAGGACCAGGUGAAAAAGAUGCUGGCUGCUCACCAACAGGAGAUGGAGAAGGUCACAGAGAACAUGGACAAGGAGAAAGAGCGACAGAAGAACACACUGGCAAAGAAGCUGGAGGAAAGGAAGCGUCAGAAGGCGGCUCAGCUGGCCGAGAAGCACGAGGCAGAGAUGGCUCAGGUGCUGAUGCAGCAACAACAGGACAGGGAGAACCUGGCUACUCAGCAGCUCCUGGACCACGAGAAGUCGACCUUGGUGGACUCCAUCCAAGGUCAGGAUGGUAAGAAGGCGGAGAACAUCAUCUACCGCGUGAUGAAGCAGCGCCACCUGAAGGAGACGGUCCGGCUGGACGAGCAGCAGCGCCGGGAAGCGGAGGCGGCAAAGGCCGCGGCGCGAGCACAGGCAGCAGAGAGGAGGCAACAGGAGAGGGACAGGCUGGUGUCCCAACAGGAGCAGGACCUGCUUGAGUUGGUGACCAACGCCGGCUCCCUGACGGCUCCAGAACUCGCCAAGAGGAAGGCAGAGCUGCAGCAGGCACACAAGAAACAGCUUGCAAUCUUCCACAAGCUGUCAGCCACCCUCAAUAAUUUCUACUGUUCCCUGAUGGACAUUAUAUAUGUCGAUCAUAAACAGAUGGCAGACUUUGACAAGCGGACGGCGGCGCUGCUCGCGGAGGCUGAGAAGGACGUGCUGCCAUCUCUGCAGAUCGACCACGCCCACGCGCGUCUUGAGCUGCGGGAGAAACAGCUGAAGGAGCUGGCGGACGCUAUGAAGAACCUCUCACCUGAACAGGCUGCCCUUAUCGAGGAGUACGCCCAGGACGCAGAGAAGGCGGCGGAAGCGGCGAGAGACUUCCGUGAGACGAAGAUGAAGGAACUGAACCAGCAGAUGGAGAAGAUCAAGGAGGAGAAGAGGAGGAAGGAGGAGGAGAGGAAGAAGAAACUCAGGGACCAAGUGAGUGCCCUUGAGCAGGAGAUUGAGGAGGAGAGAAAGAGGGAUGAGAAGAGAGAGCAGGAGAGGCUGGCGGACCGGGAGAAGAGAGCGAAGGCUCAGCUGGAGGAGAGAGAGAAGCAGAAGAGGAAGGAGGUCGAGCAGAUGAACGUCACCGAGGAUGAGAAGGAGAAACUUCUGCGAGAACAUGAGGAGAACAUGCUGAAGCUCAACGAGGCCAUGCAAAAGGACCAGGAGCGCAGCAAGGCCGCUCUCAAGGCGAAGCUGGAGGCCCGUCGUGAGAAGAAGCGGAAGGCCCAGCUGGCCAUGAUCGAGGAGGAGGGGAAGAAGGAGGAGUACGAGGAGGAGAGGAGAGCCAACGAGCAGCUGAACAGGAUCAGCAUGGAAGGUGCAAAGGAGUUCGAGAGAACAAACAACCAGAUGCUGCGACCUUCAACACCAAACGCCCUUGACGAGGAGGGUCAGAGGUCAGCCCCCGGUAUCCCAUCAGGCCCCCUGGUGCCCGCGGGUGACCUGAAGCUGCCGUUCCCGGCCGGGUCACCCCAGGAGCAGGACUUCAUGGACCUGUUGGUGAAGUCUCCGCUGUUCCAACACAUCACUGAGAUAGAGGACAUGCUGAAGAACUCACUGCCUGGUGGCAAUGUCAUUGGUGCGAAGACCGACCGGCCGUACCUGGACAUUAAGGACGCCCAGUGGCUGUGCUCCGGUGACCUGAUGGCCGUCGACAUCAACGACCUGACACCCAGUCACUUUGUCGUGUACCGCUUCGGCGUCUUUAUCACGCAGCUGCUCAGCCGCCAUCUUGGGUCGCCUGAGGUCACCCUGCUGCUUGCGUCCAACCUGCCGCCCAACGACUACGAGAGGAACGCGUUCCGCCACUCGUUCCUGUACCAGAGCGCCAAGAAGAUCCUCUUCAUCAGGAAGGAGCGUAUGGAGUCAGUGGGAGAGUUUGUGGUGGUUCUACUCCACUGCCUGGCACACAUCAAGGUCAACGACCUGGCGGAUGACAACAACCCCUACUUCCUGCGGGAGUUCUACAAGGCCAUCAAGCUGUGUUGCCAGGACAUGUUCUUCGCCCGUUCCCGCUCCACCAACACGAGCUCAGCCCUGAUUGGUGGGCGGCCGGCCAAUGGCAGGACUGCGCUGGAGGCGGCCUUCCGGCACAGCACGACGUCGGAGAAGCGUGGGCAUGUCGUGAGCGAACUCAUCAACACGAAGGUCACGGCGCCGGUCGAGGCUGAGUUCUCCUCACAGCAUGUGUCGGAGCGGAUGGCAAACUACCAGGACUUCACUGGGAACUCCCAGCUACGCGGCGCGUUGACCAGUCAGAACCGGUCGGGACCGGCUACAGACAUCAUCGCGGCCAAGCUGAGACAACUCCGGGGCAAGAAGGAGCCACAAGGAUCACAGGACAGACCCGCCAAGCCGCCCGCAGCCCCUGCAGCCCUCCGCAGCCACAGGGACCUCCUCAGGUCACAGGUCAGCGACCUGCAGGGCAAGCUGGACCACCUGACAGCAGAGCUGACCCAGGUGGUGAAGUCUGAGCAGGAGCUUAGCAGUGGCAUCGACAGGGCCAUGUCUGGCACGUCGCCCCCCUCCCACCUGGAGCAGUCCCAGCAGCAGCUGGCCACCCUGCAGCUCCGCAGGGAGAACAUCACCAAGCGCAUCGCGCACCUCGAGGCAGAGGUCACCAAGAAACAGGAGGCCAUGCUCGCCAAGUAAACACGGCACCAUGGCAACUGCCAAAUAAACAUGUUUCCAUGUGUCCAUGUUCCAACUGGAACAUGGACACGUUACCAUGGCAAAUGCUAAAUUAGAAUAUGACAACGGAAAUUAAUAAAAAAUGUGCCACCUAACCAAGAGAGCUGCCAAGUUUGAAGUUUUCAACCAUUGCAACUGCUGUGUAGAAAGAUUCGUCUGUUGUAUGAAAACUCAAAAUGCUGAUGUUGGGAUGAAGAAGGAAUGACCCAACACUCCCUGGGACUUGUAUCUUCCAGGAUAUGUAAUAAACACCAAAUCCUGCCAAGCAAACUUUUCUCUGUAACACUAACAGGCAGCUUGAUUUGAGACCCGGGUAUCUAGCUUCAGUUUGAUUUUUUUAAACAACCCCAUUCCAAAAAAAAUUUGUUUGGCAACUUUGAGCUUCAAGGCACAAAUUCAUCAUCAAAUAGACAACUAGACUGAAGGGUAAUGUACUUUCUAAGCAAUCAGCUAUGCAGUUUCAGUUUGACAGUAUUUUACACUUGUAUAAGCCAGUUCCAGAAUGCUGUGUGGCAAUGUUGAAGCCAGACAUGUGAUACUAUGCAGUGCAACAUUCCCACGUAUGUUUCAUACACAAAUAUAUUCAUGUAUGAAAAGGAUUUUGUAUCAAUUUUACUUUGACUUUGUGACAUUUUGAUUUGUGUCCGUUUUUUUUACUCAUUUUAAUGUUCUGUUUUUGUCUUUUAGUACUGAUAUAAACUUUUUAUUCCACAAUAGAUAUUUAGGUAGUAGGUAGUGCUGUAGAUAUGAAAUCUGUAUGGUUUGGUAAGAGUGUACAUAAUUUGAAAGAUGGAAAUUAUAAGAAAUUUUUGAAUCCCCCGCACAAAUUUGUUAUAUAGUUGGUAUUGUGACAUUAAGGGACAUUGAUGGUGUAGAAAUCUGGGCAUGCAUUUCUUACGUCAUCGGACUGUUCCAUGUGCAGUACAGGGGUGUAACAUUGUACUCAAUGGACCACCCAAUAUAAUAUGUACUUUUAAGGGAAAUUAUUGGUCCAGCUAUUUUUCUACAACUGAAAUUUUGGUCAAUGUGCAUUUUGCAAUGAGAGGUGCAAUUUUAAGAAUGUACACAGUAAUAUUUGUAUAAAGGAUCCAUGCAAUAGGUAAAUCAUUGCAAUGAAAUCAUGGUGUGAGGACCUAGGAAUGUAUAUAUUUUUGCACAGCUCUUUUGCACAAUAUAGAAUUAGGAGACACUGUGCACUUUUGCACUGGACCAUCUUGAAUAAAGGCUAUUGUUUUAUUACA